AAGGAACGAUACUCUCGAAAGCAGCUCGAGACGAAGAGGCUCAUCAUCAUCAUCAUUAUUAUUAUUCAUCGCUGCACGCGUUUCUUCCCGGUUUAUAAGGAAUAACGCGAGGAUUUAUCGCAAGAUCGUCUCGCUCGUGUCAGAAUAAGUCAAGGAAUUCUGUGCAAUGUCGACGGUAGCGAGUCCUUUAGCAGUUGGAGGCGUCCGACAAUCGGGGGCUCCGGUGCGAACACAAAAUGUUAUGGCUGCCUCUGCUGUUGCUAAUAUAGUUAAAAGUUCGUUAGGCCCAGUUGGUUUGGAUAAAAUGCUGGUUGAUGAUAUUGGUGAUGUCACUGUUACCAAUGAUGGUGCAACAAUCUUACGUUUGUUAGAAGUUGAACAUCCAGCUGCACGAGUGUUAGUUGAGCUAGCUCAGUUACAAGAUGAGGAGGUUGGAGAUGGUACUACUUCAGUAGUAAUAGUAGCAGCUGAGCUUUUAAAAAAUGCAGACGAGCUUGUGAAGCAAAAGAUUCAUCCAACCUCUGUCAUUAGUGGUUACAGGCUUGCCUGCAAAGAAGCAUGCAAAUACAUUCAGGAACAUUUAACUGUUAGUGUGGAUGAACUCGGAAAAGAUUGCUUAGUCAAUGUUGCAAAAACAUCUAUGUCCAGCAAAAUUAUUGGAGCUGAUGCCAACUUCUUCGGUAACAUGGUAGUCGAUGCCGCUAAUGCGAUAAAAAUCAACGAUGGCAAGGGAGGCUCUCUGUAUCCUGUUAAAGCAGUGAAUGUCUUGAAGGCUCAUGGAAAAAGUGUUCGGGAAUCUGUCUUGAUUCAAGGAUAUGCUUUAAAUUGCACCGUCGCUUCUCAAGCGAUGCCGAAGAAGAUAACAAACGCAAAGAUCGCGUGCCUAGACUUCUCGUUGCAGAAGGCAAAGAUGAAGUUGGGUGUUGAAAUACUUAUUACAGAUCCCGAGAAACUCGAAGCCGUUCGUCAACGUGAGGCUGACAUUACUAAGGAACGUAUUCAAAAGAUUCUCGCUGCUGGAACUAACGUUGUUCUUUUGUCUGGCGGUAUUGAUGAUCUAUGCUUAAAGUAUUUUGUGGAAGCUAAAACAAUGGCAGUGCGUAGAUGUAAGAAAGCUGAUCUGAAAAGAAUUGCUAAAGCUACAGGUGCGCAUUUUCUGACUUCAUUGACCAAUAUGGAAGGAGAAGAGAGUUUUGAUGCUAGUUUCUUGGGAGAAGCUGCAGAAGUAGUGCAAGAAAUGAUAUGCGAUGACGAGCUUAUUCUUAUUAAAGGCCCCAAGGCACGUACUGCGAGUUCUAUCAUUUUACGUGGACCAAAUGAUUAUUACUGCGAUGAAAUGGAACGUUCCAUACAUGAUGCAUUAUGUGUUGUGAAGAGAGUUUUGGAAAGCAAAAGUGUCGUCGCGGGAGGAGGUUGUGUGGAGGCUGCGCUGUCCAUUUAUCUAGAAAACUUUGCAACAUCAUUGAGUUCUCGAGAACAAUUGGCUAUAGCGGAAUUUGCACGAUCUUUAUUAAUCAUACCAAAAACAUUAGCCGUAAACGCUGCACAAGAUGCAACUGAUCUUGUUGCCAAACUUCGAGCCUAUCAUAAUUCCAGUAUAACGAAACCGGAUCUUGUCGAUCUGAAAUGGGUGGGUCUUGAUCUACUUGUAGGAAGUAUAAGAGAUAACAAAAAAGCUGGUGUGUUAGAACCAGCCAUUUCAAAAAUUAAAUCUUUAAAAUUCGCCACUGAAGCAGCUAUAACCAUUCUUCGAAUCGAUGAUAUGAUUAAAUUAGAUCCCGAACGUUCGAAAACGAAAUCUUAUCAAGAUGCUAUGGCAGCCGGUGAAUUGGAAGAUUAAGUGCAUUUUUCUGUUACACAUUAUAUAUAUACAUAUAUAUAUAUAUAUAUAUGUAUAUAU